AUGGAAGAGAAGGUUCAAAAAUAAUAUAUUGAUUGUGUAAAAAAGCUGCAAAGAUUUAUUUAAAGUAGUGUGCAUGACUAAAUUAGAUUAUCCUGAUAGAGUGCCAGGGAAGGUGCAAUAAAAAUUGCAAGUUCUAUAAGCAUCAAUUGACAAUCAUAAAUUUGGGAAAACGGAGUUAUUGUCUGAAGAAGAGAUAUAAUAAUUAAUAAACCCACCAAUUCCUGUAAAAUUUCGAAUGUAUAUUGAUAUUGUGAAUUCAUUUAUCUAUUCAGAAGAUGAAGUAUAGGGCCGUCUUGAAAUGAAAAAAAAAUCAGGAUGGUUUUGGAAUAAUAAGAUUUUAAAGUUAAAUAUGAUGGAUCGUAAACUUAUGAUUUCUAGGAAUGAUCCAAAGAAGAGAGAUAAAUAAUUAGCACUAUCAGAUUUUUCUCUAAAAUGGUAUAAUUAUUCUGAUAUUUAUUAAGGUGUGAAUCAAUGAAGAAUAAGUAUUGUUUUUAGCUUUGUGGAAAAGAGACAUUUUUAUUUGGAAGUGAAGAUUUAUAAUAAGCAGAGAGAUGGUUUAAUUAUUUAAGAUAAUGUUGUGCAUUUAUUGAUGAUGACUAAUUAAAAAAAAUAAAGUAUGAUAAUAAUAUUAUUAAAUGAAGAUAAUAAAAAUAAUUUUAACGAUAAUCUGAAGAUUUAAGUCAAUCACUUAAUAUUUAUCCUUAAAAGCGUUCAGAAAUAAUAUAAUCUAAGCCUUAAAACAUGGUUGAUGAUAAAUUAAAAACACAUCACAAAACCUAAUCUUAAGUGACAAAACCAAUUAAUGAUAAUACAUAAAAGUCAAUUGAAUAAAAGUAAUAAAUAAUAGAAAAGGAAUAAUCAGUUUCAGUUAUCUCAGUCUAAAAUGUAAAAGGAAAUUAAAAUAAUAUUACUUAACCUGAUAAUAAGGUUCCAGCUCUUUUGCAAAAUAUCCUACUUAAUAAGGAACUAUUCUCACUUGAUAGAUUGAUGGAUGAUUCAGAAUACCAAUUAAUAAGCUUUAAAAAUAAAUUGAGGUAUUGAUUAAUGAAAUAAUACUAGACUAUUAUAACAUAAAACAUAGUAAGAGAAAAUAAAAGCUAUUGUAAAUAUAAAUAGUGAUAACAUAAUUCCAAUAGUGUCAGCUUUGGUAUGUCCAGAUGUUAUGAAAUAAUGGAAUACAUAAAUAGAUUAGACAAUUAUUUUAGACAUUAUGAUUAAUAAUAAUUCUAUGAUAAUAUCUGAAAUGAGAAAAAAAUAUGGUUUACUUUAUUUGAAAAGAUCAUAUACUUAUUUAAGAUAUGUUUUUAAAGACAAAGAUACUUUUUUCAUUAUUGAUAAGAGUUUAUCAUAUCAAAAUAAUAUAUAAAAUGGAUAUCAAUUUGAGGGAUAAAUUUAAUUAAGUAUAAUAGCUGUUAUUCCAUAAUAAUAACAAUAAGUUAUGAUAAUUUGGGAAACAGAAACUAAAAAUGGAGGAUAUGCAAAUGAUGCUUAAUUAUCUUUACAUUAUGUCUCAGAAUUAUAGAAUUUAGAUUGUUAUUUAAUUUAGAAAUAGUUCAAGAUUCCAAUUCCAUAGAUAGUUGAAUAAGCUACUAAAGACCCACUUAAUGUAGAAAUAAUAGAAUAAUAUUAACCUUAAAGAGUAAUUGAAGUUUAGAUGGAUUCAUCUUUAUCUGAUGUAGAUUGCAAAUAAUUUUAAUCUUAAAUAAUAUUAGAUGAUGAACCAGAAUUGAUUAAUAAAACUGAUUAUCUGUAAUUAUUAGAUUUAGUAGCCAAAAAUCCUGGGAUGAUAUAUUGGUCAGCAAUACAUCAUUAUUAAUUAACACCAUUAGAACCAGAUAAUAUUUAUUAUACAGAAACUGCAGAACAUAAAAAUAUUAUCCUAUAAAGUGAUUGGGAAAUCUUAGAGAAAGGUGGUUUGAGAUUUAUAAAUAAAAAGAAACUUGAAAUUUAAAAAGAAGUUAUAACAUUUAUGUUAAAGAAAUUAGGAUCUAAUUUACUAAUGGGUAAAUCUUUAAUUAGUAUUUCUUUGCCUGUUAAUAUUUUUGAAAGAAGAUCUAAUUUGGAAAGAGCUUGUUAUAGUUUGGGAUAUAUGUGGUUAUUAGAAAAAGCAGGAGAAUUAUCAGAUCCACUUGAAUAAAUGAAAUUGGUAGCAUAAUUUUCUCUUGCUUAUAAUAUAAUGUUUUUAAAUAUGGAAAAACCAUUCAAUCCUAUAUUAGGAGAAACAUUCUAAGGUUACAUGAAUGGAAAUUUAUUGUAUUGUGAAUAGAUUUCUCAUCAUCCACCAGUAUUAGGAUUAUAUGUUUUGGGUAGAAAUUUUAAAUUAACUGGUCAUUUGGAAUCUUAAGCAAAUUUUAGUGCUAAUUCAAUUACAGGAUAAAAUUAUGGAUAUUUAUAAGUUACAUUUCCAAAUAAUACAUCAAUAAUAUUUAAUGUAAUGCCAGGAGUUAUAUAAGGGAUGACAAUAGGACAUAGAUAAUUUUAUUAUAAUGGUGUAGGAUGGUUAGUUGAUUUAGAAAAUAAACUUUUCUGUGAUAUAAUAGUUACAGCCUUUCCUGGAAUGUUUAGUAAAAAAGUUACACCUUAAGAUUUUAUUGAAGGAUAUAUUAUGAAAGGAUCUGUUAAAGAUGUUAAUAAAUUUAAUUAAGAAACAUAUCGUAAAUAUCAAGGAAUCAAAGCUUUACCUUAAUAGGAUAGACUUUCUAAUAUAAGUGGUAGAUGGACUACAGGAAUGAUAAUUGAUGGUGUUGAGGUUUUGAAUUGGUUUAAACAUUUCCCUUACAAAUUAAAAUAUGAAGAAUACCCUUUAGCAUCUGAUAGUAAUUAUAGAGAAGAUUUAAUUGCUUUAAAGACAGGUGAUUUAAAUAUAGCAUAAGAUAGGAAGGAGAAGAUGGAAAUUAAUUAAAGACAUGAUAAGAAGAUAAGAUAAAAGAAAAAACAUUGAA